AUGGCCAGAUUUGUUCGCCUACUCCAUUUUCACUUCAGAUCUAUUCUCUUCGCUUUAGAAAGUCCACCAUUGCCACCAAAAAUGGCUGAUACGAUGGCUGCCUUGAUGGAAAAGGGAGAGAAAUUUGAGGGAGAAGAGACAGGAUUGAGAAUCCUGCUCGCAAGAAGAGAGAAAGAGCAUAACGGGCGUAUUUCAAGCCUCAGUGAAACUAAUGCUCAACAAGAGUUUUUGCAGUGUAUUUAUAGUCAUUCUUCAGACAAUAUCAAGAAACAUAUACACUUUCCAAAUUCACCUACAUAUUCAUCUCUUCUUGAAUAUGCACAGAAAAAUCCCAGGUGGCUAAAUUCCUCAUAUGCACAUCCAAUUUUAAUUAUUGCCCCUAAAAACGAAUCCGAAAUCCAACCUAUUAUUCUUUGUAGCCAAAAAUUUGGCUUACAAAUUAGAGUCAAGAGUGGUGGUCAUGACUAUGAAGGUCUCUCUUUUCGCUCGGUUACCAAUACCCAAUUCGUUAUCCUCGAUUUAAUCAAUCUUGAUGAUAUCAAGAUUGAUAAAAACGAAGAAACGGCCUGGAUUCAAACAGGUGUGACAUUAGGGCAACUUUAUUAUGAAAUUGCCAAGAAAAGUGAGAUUCUUGCAUUUCCGGGAGGAUUAUAUCCUAGUGUUGGUAGUGGUGGGAUUAUUAGUGGUGGUGGAAUUGGAACUUUGAUGAGGAAAUUUGGCCUAUCCGCGGAUAAUGUUAUCGAUGCUCGUGUUAUGGAUGUCAAUGGAAGAAUUCUUGAUAAAAAAUCAAUGGGAGAAGACAUGUUUUGGGCUAUAAGAGGAGGAGGAGGAUCAAGUUUUGGUGUUAUUUUAGCUUGGAAAAUUAAAUUGGUACGUAUUCCACCUAAGGUUACUGCUUUCACGGUUCGUAGAAAAUUAGAAGGUAACACUAUAAAUUUACUCCAAAGAUGGCAAAAUGUGUCACAUAAAUUUCCUAAAGAUUUGUUUAUGAGGGUUUUGAUUCAAAAUAUGGGAUUUGGAAAUGAAAAAAUAGUCCAAGUUUCUUUUCAAGGUCUAUUUCUUGGGAGAGCGAGUGAGGUAACCCCUUUAUUGAAUCAAACGUUCCCCGAAUUCGGGUUAGUCUCAAAAGAUUGUUUUCAAGAUCCAACGAUGAACUGCAGUGAAUUGCCUUGCAUAAAGAAAGAAUGCUUUGAAGUACCCUGGAUUCGCGCAACAUUGUAUUUUGCAUCUAAGAGAACGAACGAUUCAAUUGAUUUUUUAGUGAACAAUAUGGUAUCACAAACCAAGAAUUACCAAAAGGCGACGUCUGAUUUCGUGAAAACUCCAAUGCAAGAAGAGGUAUGGGGAAUGAUAAAAGGUAUGUUUUUAGAAGAAGAAAGGCCUAUGAUAAUAUUGGAUCCGUUGGGUGGAAAAUUGGAUGAAAUUUCAGAAUUUGAACUUCCAUUCCCUCAUAGGAAGGGAAAUUUGUUCAAUAUUCAGUAUAUGGUGAAUUGGGGUGAUAAUAGUGAAAGUAUAGCUAGCAAGAAGAUUAAAUGGUUGAGGGAACUAAAUGAGAAAAUGAAGCCAUUUCUGUCACAUUGUCCUAGAACUGCUUAUCUUAAUUAUAGAGAUCUUGAUUUUGGGACCAAUGAUGGAGUAUAUAGCUAUUCAAAGGCUAAAGUUUGGGGUGCAAAGUAUUUCAAUGAAAACUUUGAGAGGUUAGCAAAGGUGAAGAGCAAAGUGGAUCCUGGCAAUUUUUUCAGAUUUGAACAGAGUAUUCCACCUUUUAGUGUAUCAACUUAA